AUGAGCGGAUUUCGUCUUCUUGACUUGGUUAAAUUCUUUUUACCUAUUGUUCCCGAAGUUGAAUUUCCAUACGAAAAGACAAAAUUCGAUGAAAGAAUAGUAUUCACCGUCGGAUCAGCAUUGAUCUUUGUAUUUGGCCAAUUGCCCAUCUAUGGAUUAAUCCCGCAAGCUCAAUUUCACUUACAAGAUCCAUUUUAUCAAUUUAGACUGAUUUUUGCCAUGGAGAAAGCUACAUUGUUGGAAUUGGGAUUGUUGCCUAUUAUUACCUCGGGUUUUCUUUGGCAAUUGGGUGCAGGAUUGAAGUUGAUUAAUAUUAAUUUAGGAUUGAGAUAUGAUCGAGAAUUAUUUCAAAGUGGACAAAAAUUGACAAGUUGGGGAAUUGCCAUUGUUUUCACUUUAGGGUUGAUUUAUUCGGGUUAUUAUGAUGGUGUGAUUAGGGGAUACGAAGUUUUGCCUAAAUCCAAUUUCAUUGUUUCGUCAUUGCCAUUAGGGUCAUAUUUUAUCAUUUUCUUGCAAGUUGUGUCUUGGCAAAUUAUUGUUAGUUUAUUGGUGGAAAUAUUUGACAAAGGAUACGGAUUUGGUUCAGGAAUCUUGUGUUUUUUGACUUUGCAAAAUGCCACCAAUUUCAUUGCCGAUUUAAUUGGAUUGGAAAUGUUCCCCGUUAUAAAUUCAAACAAGUUUGAAAGUCUUGGUGCAUUGAUGAAUUUGGUGCGUAAUUUCUCCAUUUUCAACUUGAAAUCCACUAGCUGGCAAAUCUGGCAUGCUUUCACUCGUAUUCAAUUACCCAACUUGACUCAAUUCUACAUCGCUUUUGCUUCAGUAUUUGUUGUUAUUGCGUUGCAAAAUUUCCGUGUUGAUAUCCCUAUUAGAUCAACCAAAGUUAGAGGUAUGAGUCAAAUGUUCCCCAUUAGAUUGUUGUACACUGGAGGAUUGCCUGUUUUAUUUGCUUAUUCAAUUGUUGCCAAUAUUCAGGUAGUUGGAUUCAUUUUGCAUUCAAUCUUGGUUAAAUUGGGUGCACCUCCAUUGGUGAUCACCUUGUUGGGAAACUAUGUCGUUCACCCAGCCAGUAAUAGAUUGGUUCUCAAUGGCGGUAUCUUGUAUUAUUUAUCACCAGAACAAAAUUUAUUAUCAUCAAUUGUUAGCCCCAUUAGAACCAUCAUUUACUCAUCAACUAUUAUACUUUUAUCAGUUUGGUUUGGGUUUAAAUGGAGUUUCAUCUCGGGCUCGUCACCUAAAGAUAUUGCCAAACAAUUUAAAGAUCAAGGUAUUUCUAUUGCCGGUAAGAGGGAUAUUUCAAUUGCUAAAGAGUUGUCAAAAAUUAUCCCCACUGCCGCCGUAUCGGGUGCUUUUGCUCUUGCUGUGUUGGCAGUUGCUGGUGAUUACUUGGGUGGAUUAGGUAAGAAUGGUGCUAUAAUCAUUGGUGUUUCCUCGGCAUUUGGUAUCUUGGAAGAAUUUAUGGUUGAAUAUCAACAAGCAUCGGGAUCACAAUUCUCAAGUGCCCUUUCUGGUGCUCAAUAG